AUGUCCAACUCGCAUCUGUUUCUUAAAUCGGGCUUUCCGCGUGCCCCGCUGCAGAAUGGCAUCGGCCGGUACGUUUGCCAGCUGCAGCGCAUCACCCUGAAGUACUGCAAAACCAGCGGCUCCAGCAAAGGGAUGCGCGAGUUCCUCGAGCAGGAGCUGGUCGACUUCAGCCGUGCCAAUCCGGGCGUCGUGGUGUACGUGAAGCCCCGCCGGCACCGGACCGCCGUCAUGUCGGCUGAGUUCCUGAACGGCGAGCGCACGUGGAUCAACUGCCGCAACAACAGCCGGGAAGAGAUCUCGAAAUGGAUCCAGGUGCUGAAACAGUCGAACGGGCGGGCCGAGGAGAUGCGCUUACGUAAACACUGGCACACGGACGUGCCGAGUGUGCAGGGUGCCUGGACGCCGUUCACCCAUCGCCAUCCGUCGGCAAACGUGACCGACUUCCCGUGCAAAGAGCUGUCGGAGCUUAAGCUGGAAGAACAGAGCGCGACGGAGAAGCUGCUGGAGCUGUACCUUGCGCAAAGGAAUACAGCAGCCGCGGGCGAGUCUGCGACGAAAUCGGAAGAAGCUAAAUAAUGUAGUAGCGGUUGAGAUGAAUUACAAUAAACAAUAGGUAGUAGUAAAA